AUGAUGUUUUAUAAUCCGGUAAUCCGUAACCGGCUUUUAUGUCCGCUUGUUUUAUUAUUUUCCAAAAACCAGGUGGUAUCGAUGGAUGGAAACCACGAGCAGGAGCUCGAGGACCUCGAGCUUUUUCAAAAAUACGUGGCCGAUCGCUUCUCUGAUCUUUUAUCAUCUAGCUCUGACGAGGCCGCUGAUUCCCUGCUAUCAGUCUCUUGGCUCCGCAAGCUCGUCGACGUGUUCCUUUGCUGCGAGGCCGAGUUCAAAGCCGUCCUUAUAAUGGGUCGAGAUCCUUCACAGGUUUCCAAGCCCCCACUUGAUCGUCUUGUCCCGGAGUUCCUCGACCGCGUGGUAAAGGCACUCGAUGUUUGCAACGCGGUCUUGCACGGUGUCGAAUCGGUCAGACACUACCAGAAGCUUGCGGAGAUCGCUGUCUCGGCUUUCGAACAGAGACCGAUCGGCGAUGGACAGGUUCGCCGUGCCAAGAAGGCCCUGAAUUCUCUGAUGCUGACGCUCGAGGAAAAGGAGGGAAGCAACCACAAGUCAGCGGAGCGAGCUUGGUCAUUCGGGCGCAAAGGUGCUACGAACAAGGACCGAGCCGCGCCCGGGCAAUUCCGAUCCUUGUCGUGGAACAUGGCGAUGGGCUGGUCCGCCGCGAAGCAAAUCCAGGCCAUGUCGGCCAACCUGGUGGCGCCGCGUGGCGCGGAAUCAUCCGGUCUGGCCUCCCCAGUUUACAUAAUGAGCACGGUCACGUUGUUUGUGAUGUGGGCUCUGGUGGCGGCAACACCUUGCCAGGAGAGGAACGACUUGUCGACCCAUUUCCCGGUGCCGCGGCAACUGGGAUGGGCCCAGUCUAUGGUCGCUCUACAAGAGAAGAUUGCGGAGGAGUGGAAAAAGAAGAAGGAGAAAACCCGCUUGGCUGGGCUGCUGGAGGAGACGCAGAGGUUGGAGAGGUUGGGUCAGUCCCUGAUCGAAUUCGUCGACUCGUUUCAUUUCCCUGUGGAGGGGGAGCGCUUGGAGGAGAUGGCUUCACAAGUGGCUGAAUUGGCCGAUACUUGCAAGAAGAUGGAGGAGGGUUUGGUGCCUUUGCAGCAACAAAUCAGAGAGGUAUAA